CUAAGCUUCGUCCCCAUUUUGUUCCUUGGGAACACUAUUUCAAAACCUGUAAUAUUGAAAUCAGCAGUUGUAUAUAUGAAAUCUAUUUCCUUCUGUCUCCUUUUUCAGUACACUUUCUUCAACAUCUGACUGACUUCUCUUCAUAAUUUUUCAAAUGGGUCUUGAGAAAAAUCUGAUUUUGGUCAUUUUUAUCUUGGUAUUGAGUGUUGCUACUGCCUGCUCUGAUGCAACUUGCAAGCUCCUGGAUGAAUGCUCAACUGAUGGAGAUUGCGAGGCUGGACUUUAUUGUUUCUCUUGUCCUCAAGGAUUUUCAGGCUCUAGAUGUGUCAGAUCAACCUUCACAGACCAAUUCAAGCUCCUGAACAAUUCUCUACCAUUCAAUAAAUAUGCAUUUUUGACAACCCACAAUGCUUAUGCUAUUGACGGAGAACCAUCUCAUACUGGAGUUCCCAGAGUGACAGUGACGAACCAAGAAGAUAACAUUACUCAGCAGCUAAAUAAUGGGGUUCGGGCCUUGAUGCUUGAUACAUACGAUUUUGAUGGAGAUGUAUGGCUGUGCCAUUCUUUUGGAGGACAAUGCCAUGACUUUACUGCAUUUGAACCAGCCAUGGACACUUUGCGGGAGAUUGAAGCUUUCUUAUCUUCGAAUCCAUCGGAAAUUAUCACUUUGAUCCUGGAAGACUAUGUUCAUGUCCCAAAUGGAUUGACCAAAGUCUUCAAAGAUGCUGGGUUGAUGAAGUACUGGUUUCCCGUGUCAAAAAUGCCUCAAAAUGGUGAAGAUUGGCCACUUGUUAGUGACAUGGUAGCUAACAACCAAAGGCUGUUGGUGUUUACUUCAAUCAAAUCGAAGCAAAAGAGUGAAGGAAUUGCAUACCAGUGGAGUUACAUGGUCGAAAACCAAUAUGGAGACGGUGGAACAAAAGCAGGAAGUUGCCCAAACAGGGCAGAGUCGCCGCCACUUAAUGACACAACUAAAUCGUUGGUUUUGGUUAAUUACUUUAGAUCUCCUCCGGUCAAGCAAUUAGCAUGUAAACAGAACUCAGGGGGCCUCAUUAACAUGCUGCAAACCUGUCAUGGUGCCGCCGGCAACCGAUGGGCCAAUUUUCUUGCCGUUGAUUAUUACAAGAGGAGCGACGGAGGAGGAGCAUUUCAAGCUGCAGAUACUCUAAAUGGAAAGCUAUUGUGUGGAUGCGAUGACCUACACUCUUGUGUGCCAGGAUCUACAUCAGGAGCUUGCACCGCCCGAGCAUGACGGCGCGUGAGAAUCCACUAUGUCAACAACUGCCAUUUUCUGCAAUAAAGUUUCCUGAAAUGAAAAAAGAAUCCUGGUUUACCUGUACAGGAAAACGAUAAUUUUCCAUUUUUGAUGGUGCAGCAGAGAGAGAGGUUUGGUUGAUCUGGGUUUGUAAAGGAAAGUACCUUAGCAGUUUAUAUGAAUAUCAGGUUGUGCAAAAAAAAAAAAUGUAACAAAGUUGAUGUAUGGGCCUUUCAAGGCUAAAAGGGUUUGUGAAUCUUAAAGGACAGCCCAGUACACUAGACUGAAUAGUCGAUUUGG